AACGUCCAGGUGACAGCUCAUUGGCGACAACGCAAACACUUUUCACCCAGUUUGCUGUUUUGCAUUGCAUCUAAUUACGAUUCCACCCGCGAGCAGAAACAGUCGGCAAGUUUUCACUUUUAUUUGAUCCAGAUUCGCGAGGGAGCAUAAAAUUUCUCCAAUAAAUUACGAAAAUUAGAAAUCAGCACCUCAACACUGCCUGCAGACAUCAACGAUGACGUCUAAGUUGGAAAUUAAUGUGCGGAGUUUGAUCGCACAGUGCGAGGAUAUAGUUUCUCUCGAUAAACUGGACUGGCGAUUGAAAAAAUACAUUCGGUCACUGGAUACCAUGAUCCUGGAGCUGGGGGAACAAUAUGAUAAACCAGACGAUAAAACGAUCACGGAAUAUCGCAAUCGAUGCGCCGAGCUCAAGAGAGCCUCCAAUUAUGUCGAACCGUCACCAAAUUUGGAACAGAAACGGUUGAAAUCAAAACUAAAAGCAUCCGGAGACUCGGGAGAAGACGUGAUGAGAGAGAUACGUCAAAUCCACGAUCAAAAGUUUCAGAAAGAACUGCGCAGCGAAUUGUUUAACGGCAACUUCAAUUCAACAAUCCGACGGCGAGCUGGCCAGAAAGUGGCUGAAAAUCUAGAACAGACGGUUAAGGAAUACUCAGACGUCCAGGAGAAAAUUGCUGAGGAUAUGUUGAUGCUCACACGACACCUGAAGGAGCAAACAGAAACUGCCAACAAGAUCAUCAAGAAAGACACAGAGAUUGUUAGUAAAUCAGCCAAAUUAACCGAUCAAAAUUUGACUUCACUUUCCACGGAAUCGACAAAGCUGCAAGAAAGCUCCAAAAAGGCCUGGAAAUGUUGGAUGUGGCUUAUGAUAGGCCUUGUUAUGAUGAUUUUUAUUUUUAUGGUGCUGUUCAUGAAGAUAAUGAAAAAGAAGGCAUACUGAGAAACAUCGAUUUUUACGGUAAAUUGUCGAAUCAAACUUUGAGUGUGCAUAUUAUGACUAUUAAGUAAACUAUAUCAUUUUAUUGCAUUUUUUGU